ACAUAUUUUGUCCUGAGAUGAGAGUUCUUCGAAAUAGACAUUGUAUCAAUAUUUUUAAGGACGUUAUAGAUUUGUAUAGUUUCAUUUUGUACAUCCGAAUCAAGCCAUCGGAAAUAAAGACUGUUGGUGAUGUAUUAGGAAGUGAAUCUAACUGGUUGUUAGAUACAUACAAAGUGUUUCAUGGAAACUUUUCAAACUUGGAAUUAUGUGACGCACAAAUUGCAUUUAAGGUAGAUAUGAAAUUUGGGAAAGGUACUUUACAAGCAUUGUCCCAGUCAAGAUUCUUGUACGCUGAUGCUAGAAUACGUCUGGUACAAUCAAGCAAAAAGCCGUGGACAGUCGUAGAUGAUCUACUUAAACUUCAUGGAACAUCUUUUGAUUUUGUUCGUGGCAUUAACAAAUCAGUUGAACAUGUUAUAUAUGUAAUGGAUGAAGGCGUUCGUCUUUUUGAAGUAAUCAAACGUUUAUUGGCCAAUAGGGAUUUUCAUGGAUUUGUAUCGAGUUCUAGUCUUGAAAAGCGAAUUGACAUCAUGUCAGAAUAUGCAAUGACUGAUACAGAUGGCUUGACAAUACUGCCGUAUUCCAUUUCUUAUCCGAUCAACUAUGAAUGUGAUCAGACAUCAAAAGCAACAGAAAUAAACGUCAUGCCAUUUUCAUCUUGUGCGAAGGUGAAAGUAUCCGAACUUGAUAUACCUUGGACACAAAGUACUGAUGGAUUAGUAAUUAAAGAUUUAAAAAUACCCAGCAAUGAAUAUUAUUACAUCGAUCACCUUCAUAUCAUGAUCUGUGUGGAAACUUUUCAGAAAAUUGUGAAGCAUCUACAACCAAAGAGAACUUUGGAUGCUGAAGUUAUAGUUUCAAUCAUAAGUUCUUCCUUGUCUAUUUUGUCUUUGUUGAUAACACUUGUCGUAUUUUGUAUAAUACCAAAACUUAGAGCCCUAUUGCCAGGUAAGAAUAACAUGUCAUUUGCGGCGUAUUUAUUGGUAGCUCAGGCUUUGUUACUUGUAGGGAGUCAAGGUUCAUUCGAACAAUACACCUUGUCCUGUAAAGCUGUGGGUAUAUUCAUUCAUUACAGUUGGUUAUGUUCAAUGUUUUGGAUGAACGUUUGCACGUACCACAUGUUUCGUGUCCUUUCGCAGACUAAGCCAAUGAAGACUGGCCAAGGAUGGAAGCAAUUUAUUUUCUACCAUAUUUAUGUUUGUAUAAUGUCCGUACUUUUUGUGCUGGCAAAUGUCAUUUCUUCAGUCUUCAUUGCUAGCAACAUAGGAUACGGAGGAAAAUUCUGUUACAUAAUUUCGGAAGAGAAAAUACUAUUAACUUUUGCCAUUCCGACAAUUUUUGUUGUUGUUCUAAAUCUUUCAAUGUUUUUGUAUGUCGUCAUUAAAAUCAAAAGAGCUCCAAUCAUACGGAGAAACGUUCAGAAUGAACAAAAUCAACUCAUCAUCUUUGCUAAACUUUCUACUGUAACUGGUACCACAUGGAUAUUUGGUUUCCUCUACAUAUGGUCUGGUAUCCAGGCUUUGUCAUACGUGUUUAUCAUUCUAAACGCCAGCCAAGGAGUUUUUAUAAUGUUUGCUUUCAUACUGAAUCGAAAAGUCAUGCUUUUGUUCAAAGAAAGAAUAGGAACUUGGCACAAACGUCGUCCGAAAACCCAAGACAAUGGCACACGUACCCUCUCUUCUAAACUUUAAAGACUCCAAAUAGAAAUAGUUGAAACAGUUUUAUUAAACAAAGAAGACGGAAAACAUUCUAUUAAAGCGAUUCGUUUAAUAUCAUCAUCGCUGGUACAUGUAUAUAACACGUAAUUGAUAAACGAUCUUUAUAUGUUUGGACAAAUUGUAGUUUCACGCAAUGAAAUAGGAGUCUGUUUUAAUCCACACAAAACACCUUGUAACAGUUGAAACAAAAGUAAUCUGGUAUUAAUUCAAGAUUUGACCAAUUAUUACUAAUAUCAAAGUCUCAGAAAGACAUAAAUGCAGAAACAAUACAAUAGACUUAACCUGUUGACUUAUCAUUGUAGUGUUUUAUUUUUGUAAUUACCUCCUUCAAAAACUACAACUAUAUGCUUUUGUGAUACCUUUACAUAUAAUUUUAUAAGUAAUUGGCACUGUUUCAUACAGGUAAAAUGUUGGUAUAUAAAGUUUCUCUAUUUUAGGAAAUUUCUCACUUUUUUCAGAAUUACUCAAAUCUUGACUACACAAUAUUUUGUUUAUUCAAUUUGAAAGACUUUUAUGUAGAUUUCCAGCAAAGACUAAACUUUUUCUAUAUGGCUUUGAACUUUUAUGUGAAGAUUUUCAAUAAUAUUGUCAAAAGAUACAUACCAAACCCCAUACAUCGGUAUUACGUGACACAAAAAUAAUCAUAAAAAUGCCCAUACAUGCCUUACUGAAAGGCUUAUAAAAGUAGGUUUUACUUCCAAAAUCAAUGAAAACUGACUCCAUGCAUCACAAGCUGUUUGUUCAUUGAUAUUUUCCAGACAAAUUGGGAAAUGUUGCCUUUCUUAAAACAUAUGAUAAUUUGAUACCACCGUACUUCGUAGACCCAGUUUAUAAUACAAAACUUAGCUGUAGUAAAAAUAAAUUCCGAAUAUCAUUUUUUUUGUUUAUUUCGAUAGUGACAACAUGGCUACAGUGACAACAUUCAUGAUAUUAAGAUUUAUCAGCAAGGAAAAAAAAUAAUAAAAUUCAUGAAAUAUGCAUAUGUAAUGAACCAUAUCAGUAAAUCAAUAUCAGGGAUAACACGAUAAAGGGAAGAAAACCCUUAUUUCCAUUGUGGUCCCUGUUAGUGAUGUUCUGACAUAGAGAGACAUGAAACAUGAUAUUAAUAAAAAAUUAUAAAAUACUUAAGAUAAUAAGAACUGCACUUAAUUAAAGACUAGGUACAAAGUUUGGCACAAUAGGACAAAAGUCUGCAUGUGUAAUCUAAUAUUUAAAAACAGAUCCUUAACAGCACUUUUGAAAACAGCAAGGCUGGACAGAUUCCUUAUUUGAGAUGGAAGCAUAUUCCAUACUUUACAGCCUAUAAAGGAAAAAGACUUCAAACCAAAGCUUUUCACCCUUGGUAGCAUAAAAUACCCACUACCACUAGACCUUGUCCUAUAUGAAUGCACAGACUCUUGGGUCACAAAGUAUUGACUAUAAUCAGGAGAUUUUUGAAAACAUGACACAAUGUUAUUUGUUCCGCCAUAUUACAGAGGGUACCAAUUCAAUGAAAUAAAUGGUUCUUGUGCAAUAUGGGACCUAUUUUCCAGAUUGAGUAUAAACCUGAUUAAUUUAUUUUGGGUAACCCGUAGCUUGUUUUUUUCAAAAUUGAGAUAAGCCGUGAAACCAGAAAGAACAAAAUGACACUGAGUCAAAGCUAAAGCUAAAAUCAAAAGUAUUUAAGUAUGAUCAGUAAGAAAUUUCUGUUUCCUAUACAGAAAUAUUAACCUGGCAUUUGCCUUUUUGAUAAUAGAGUUAGCCAUGCAUUCACCAUUAAGACUCUGAUCUAAAGUUGCACCUAGAUACUUGACAGAUGAAGUGGACUUUAUAGUUUAACCAUUGCAACUAAUAUGAAGGUUAUUACCUGACCUUAACAUGGGCUUUGAGCCGAACAAAUUUGACUCUGUUUUUCCUAGAUGCAGGGAAACUUUGUUAUUAAUUAACCACUGACUAACUGAUUCAAGAUCUUCUGAAUCAUGAUUUGUAUUACGAUCAAAAGAAGGUAUUGAAACUCUGUAAUGUAGCGAAACCAUUACAGGUUCUUUUCAAGUCAUGUAUUUAAUAGAUGCGCUGAUAGUUUCGUUACGUUGCAGAUAGACAGUGUGCAUUUUGCGGUAAAAUAUCUUAUGAGAUUUGAACUUUAAUAGUAGAAAAUUCUCAUCAAAUUAUUUAACCUGGCGGAAUCGUCUCUGCAGGUAGGACUUAUUUAAAAAAUAAAUGAACAUACAGUAGCAAUCUUCCGCUGCAGUACUGCGACUACUUAUUCAUUUGUUAUUUAAUCAAACUCUCAAUACAAUUUAUAUAUACAAGCAUGUUUCAUUAGUAUUUUCAUAUAUUCUGUGUAAUAAUUGCUCAUGAUUUCAAGAAUGAAAGUUGGACAUAAUAUCAGUUUAGAUAAAACGUGUAGGAUUCCAGAUCAAAAUGUCAGUUGUAAAAUAUCUUAAUGAGACAGGAUAAAUGUGAUAAUAUGCGUGUAAAAGAUGUAUUUUGUGUUGGUAUAUUGACAUACGCAUGUUUGUGUAAAAGUAUUUGUUUUUGUGUUAGUUCAUUGACAUAUGCAUGUUUUGUGUGAAAGAGGUCUUUUGUGUUGGUAUACUGACAUAAUUAUGUUUUGUGUAAAAGACCUCUUUUGUGUUGGUUCAUUGACAUAUGCAUGUCUUGUUUAAAAGUGGUCUUUUAUGUUGGUUUAUUGACAUACACAUUUUUUAUGUAAAAGAGGUCUUUUGUGUUAGCUAAGUUAUUGGCAUAUGGAUAUUUUGCGGAGUAUCACGAAAAGUACAUGGGGUUUGGGACGCAUUGAAAUGAACAAAGCAAGUAUACUAUGUUUUCAUACGGCUUUUGUAAUUAAUUGUUGUUACAUCAAACGUUGUUAAGUAUUCAGUUUUAAUUCUUUUUCAUCUAUCUCAACACUGACAUCACACAAAACAGAUGUUGCAAAUAAAAAAAAGAAAUAUGACCAAUAAAUUAAGUAAACUUGUUAUUUGAUUCCAUUGAAUUGGACUGAAGACUGUUGUUAUUGUGCGUAAAAUAUCUUGACAGGACCUGACUUUAGCUGUAAAAUAAUAAUUUU